GCAGUGGCGGGCCCCGCAGUGGGCGCAGGCCGACGCCGCGCAGGCCCCGCCGUGGGCGCCGCACUGGGCGCAGGCCGCCGCGCCGCAGGACGACGCGCCGCCCGCGAGGCAAACGCAGCCGGCGCCGCAGUGGCCCUUCUCAGGCUGGGGCGCUCCGCCGCAGCCAGCAGCGCCAGAGCCGCAGGGUGGCAUGCCUGGAUGGGGCGUCUCCCGCUGGGGCGCAGCGCCGCAGCAGCAGCAGAAUCAACAGCAGCAGCAGGAAACUCAGCAGCAGCAGCAAGACCAGCCGCGGCAGCAAUAUCAGCAGCAGCAGCAAUUCGCCGCGCCGCAGGUUGGCUACCCUGGCUGGGGCGCAGCGCAGCAGCAGCAGCAGCAGCAGCAGCAGCAGCAGCAGCAGCAGCAGCAAAAUCAUCAUCAACAGCAGCAGCAGGAGCAGCAGCCUCUACAGUCUGCCGCGCCGCAGGGUGGCUACCCCGGCUGGGGUGCAGCGCUGCAGCAGCAGCAAAAUCAGCAGCAGCAGCAGUUUGCUGCGCCGCAGGGUGGCUACCCCGGCUGGGGCGCAGCGCCAGCGCCGGCAGCACCUGCGCGUCCGCCUGGCUGGGGUUCUGCGCUGCAAGGCAGCCUGUCUGGCUGGGGCCUUCCUGGCUGGGGUGCGGCGCCCGCGCCGCCGCCUGCUGCGCCGCAGGACGCUUACUCUGGCUGGGGCCCAGCAUCUCCGCCAGCAGAGCGUUUUCCUGCGCCGCUGCAGAACGGCUACGCUAGCUGGGGCGCAGCGCCAGCGCCAGCGGAGCCUGCUUUUGCCGCGCCGCAGCGUGGCAGCCCUGGCUGGAACGAACCGCCGCAACCUGCGGCAUCUGGUGGCCCGCCCGACUGGGGCGCAAUGCAGCAGCAGCAAAUUCAGCAGCAGCAGUUUGCCGCGCCGCAGGGCGGCUACCCUGGCUGGGGCGCAGCGCAGCAGCAGCAAAAUCAGCAGCAGCAGCAGCAGCAAGUGCUGCAGCAGCAGCAGGAGUUUGCAGCGCCGCAGGUUGGCUACUCUGGCUGGGGCGAUGCGCCAGCGCCUGCAGCACCUCCGCGUGCGCCUGGCUGGGGCGCAAUGCAGCAGCAGCAAACUCCUCAGCAGCAAAAUCAGCAUCAACCUCAGCAGUUUGCCGCGCCGCAGGAUGGCUACCCUGGCUGGGGCCCAGCGUCGGCGCCUGCCGCGCCACAGGGUUCUUUGCCCAGGUGGGGCGCAGCGCCAGCGCCUCCGCCUGCUGCGCCUGCCGCGCCGCAGGGCUGGCACCCUUCCCGGGGCGCACCAGCGCCGCCACCAGCUGCGCCUGCUGCGCCGCAGGGUGCCCUGCCCGCCUGGGGCGCAGCGCCAGCACCUCAACCAGUCGCGCCUGCCGCGCCGAAGAGUGGCUACCCUGGAUGGGGCGCAUCGUCGACGCCUGCAGCUGCUGCACCGGCUGCGCCGCAGUGGGGCGCAGGGCCGGCGCCUGCAGCGGCUGCGCCUGACAUGCCGCCCGCCUGGGGCGCAGCGCCCGCGCCUCCCCCUGCUGCGCCAGCCGUGCCGCAGAGUGACUUGCCCGCCUGGGGCGCAGCGCCUGCGCCUCCACCGGCUGCGCCUGCUGCGCCGCCCUUCGCAACGCCUGCAGCUGCUGCGCCUGCUGCGCCUGCUGCGCCUGCUGCGGCUGCUGCGCCGCAGGGUGGUGUGCCCGCCUGGGGCGCAGCGCCAGCACCACCUGCCGCGCCCGCCGCACCGCAAGGCGCAGCGCCUGCCGCGGCGCAGGGUGAUAUGCCAGGUUGGACUGCGGCGCCGGCGGCGCCAGCGUCAACAGAAACGCCAGGUGGUACCCCUGCCUGGGCUGUGGCGCCUUUGCCGAAGGCCCUGCAGGACCCGGCCGCGGCCCCGAGCGUGGUGGAGGCCGCCCCCGAGACGCCCGCGGCGCCGCCCGUGAGCGCGCCCGCCCCAGGUGCAGGCGUGGUCAGCUCCUCCCCCGCGGGGUCGCCAUCAGCUCCGACUCCGCCGAGCCAGCUCUCCAGUAUGAUAGAAAAGCUCUCCGCGGCGGUGAAGUCCAUCACGAAUGAGCUCGGCAACAUGCCCAGUCAGGCGGGCGGCAAGGCUGGGACCGCCGUCACCAAGGAGUGGGCCGCCGACGCCGCGGGGCAGGUGGCGGGCGCCCUGAAGGGCGUGCUGGGCGCGCUGGAGUCGGACGCGGACAGCCUCUUCGCCCACGUGCUGGAGGGCAAGGGCCUGCUCGCCGACGGCCUGCACGACGCGGACCCGUCCGUCGUGCUGGCCAAGUUCGGCGGGGCGAUGGGGUCGUCCUUGGACAUGGUGUCCACCUACUGGCAGAACAUGGCCUCGUCUGUGUCCAGCAAGGGCGAGGCCAUCCUGAUGGCCGUGCAGCAGUGCAACCAGGGGGUCGUGGCCGGCGAGCUGCAGACCUGGCUCGACAGGGCGAUUUCGGAGAUGCACGGCGUGCUGCGCGUCGUCAUGUCAACGCGGUCGGACGCGACCGGCAUGCUCGACGGCAUCCAGCCGAUCAACAGCGUGUGGCAGGCCAGCUCCAGCAGGGUCUUCCCUGGCGUCGAGCAGAUUCUCGUCGAGCGGCUGACUAGCAUGUACUCGCGCAUGGAGAAGCUGCUCGAGCACAUCGAUGCCUUCGAGGACGCGUUCGGGGGCAUGCUCCAGGACAUGACCGACAAUGUCGCGAACCUCCUGACCUCGAGGCAGUCGAAAGAAGUGACGGCCGCCGUGAACAAGAAGUUCAACAGCGUCCAGGACGAGCAGAGCUCCCUCAUGUGGCGCGUGAGGGCCGCCGGCCGCGAGUUCGCCGCCUCCGUCCAGCGUGCGGUCGUGCAGGUGGCCGACACGCUGCACGUGAGGCUGGACAGGGCCGUCGUCCACGACCACGACCCCAUGCCCGGAGUUGUCGGGCCCGCGUACCUCCCCUACGGCGGCUUCAGCGGCGCUGGGGGCGCCAGGC